GUUUAGGCAUUUGAUUUGAUAAUUAACUAUCUAUCAUGAGAGGCUUCCAUAUUCUUUUUUUCUGUUUCAAUCUUCUCCUCAUCAUCUCAAUUCUUGGCGUAGCUAACAGCUUAGCAGUUAAAUCAACACGUGAAAAUAUUAUAGCCAAAUCAAAACGUGGCACAGUUUAUAAUGUGUACAUGGGAAAAACAAAAUCGCCAAAUGGUGCUCCAAGGAGUGAUCAUGCCCAUCUUCUGAGCGAGCUCAGUAAAAGGAAGCAAAAUUCAGUUGUUCAAACAUACAACAGAAGUUUCUUGGGAUUUUCGGCUCGUUUAUCAGACGAAGAGGCAAAAUCUAUCUCGGCUCUUGAUGGAGUCGUGUCGGUUUUUCCUGAUCGGCCGUUAAAAUUGCACACUACUCGUUCUUGGAAUUUCUUGAGGAGCCUAAAUGCUUUUCAAAUCACUAAUGCAACUCCUCCCUCGACCUAUCCUACUAUAUCAAACUGCUCAGCAACACCUCAUGACAUAAUCAUUGGUAUCUUUGAUACAGGAAUUUUUCCGGAGCACCCUAGUUUCAGUGACGCGUAUAUGGGCGAAAUCCCUUCACGCUGGAAGGGGAUAUGCAUGCCUGGAGAAGAUAAAAAUUCCUCUUUGUUCAUAUGCAACAAUAAAGUGAUUGGAGCAAGGUAUUAUGAUGAUGCUGAGCAGCCAGGCUAUAUUCUAACAGCUAGGGACAAAUCAGGCCACGGUACGCACAUUUCUUCAAUUGCAGCUGGGGUGCCUGUGGCAGGGGCUUCCUUCUGUGGCCUAGCUGAAGGGACUGCAAAAGGGGGCUCGCCUAGUGCAAGGAUUGCAGUGUAUAGCAUAUGUGACGAAGAUGGUAUAUGUUUGGCAUCAGCUAUCCUAAAGUCAAUGGAUGAUGCAAUCAGUGAUGGGGUCGACUUGAUGUCAUUAUCAGUAGGUGGAAUGCACGAUAAUCUGCUGGAAGAUCCGAUUGCCAUAGGUGCAUUUCAUGCUAUGGAGAAGGGGAUCAUAGUAGUAUGCUCUGUCGGGAAUAGAGGCCCUUCGAGUGGGACACUUAAAAAUUUUGUCCCUUGGGUUUUAAGUGUUGGUGCAACUACUAUCGACCGUGUGUUUGAGGUGUCGAUUGUGUUGGGUGGAAAUAAUAAGGUGAUCAAGGGUGGGGGCAUCAACUUUUCCGGAUUGAACAAACAUCCCAUUUAUCGUUUGAUAGAAGGGCGCUCAGCAUCUAAUAAACACAAUUCAUCUGAUGCAAGCAAUUGUGUACCGGGUUCACUAAACGCCGCCAAAGUUAAGGGGAAAAUCGUUCUGUGUGGAUAUAAGGACAGACAUUCAUUGGUAGAUAAGAUAAACACGUUAAUGAAACAAGGCGCGAUGGGAAUAAUUAUGAUCGACAACGCUUUAAGGCAAUUGACUCAGUACGUCUAUGGAACUGAUCCAUUUGCUGCUGUCACUGAAGAGGAUGGAGCUCAAAUUCGGUCUUAUAUCCACUCAACACGCAAGCCUGUGGCGACAAUCUUGCCUACUGAAGCCAUACUAGAUUAUAAGCCAGCUCCUGUUGUUCCACGCUGGUCGGGAAGAGGCCCCAUAGACGGCAUCAAAAACCUUGUCAAGCCUGAUGUAACAGCUCCAGGGGUAGACAUCCUCGCCGCAUAUCCUCCUAUAAACGACACAUUAAUGCCUCUCCCAAGUAAGGAAAUACCACUCUUCCACAUAGAUUCGGGUACAUCCAUGUCUUGUCCGCACGUCUCUGGUUUAGCUGCAACGCUAAAGUCUCACAAUCCCAAGUGGACCCCUUCCGCUAUCAAAUCAGCUAUAACGACAACAGCAAUCCCAACAAACAAUCUAGGUGCUCCAAUUACAACAGAUAAUGGGUCAAGAGCCACCCCUUACGACAUGGGAGCUGGGGAAAUCAACCUUUCUGACUCACUGAGUCCAGGGCUCGUCUAUGAAACAAAAACUAUUGAUUACAUCCAUUUCCUUUGCAACCUUGGCUACAAUGAAACCGCCAUCAAAAUUAUCUCAUCCACUGUUCCUGAUAACUUCUGUUGCCCUGAUAAGUCGGACCCAGAUUUGAUAUCCGAUAUGAACUAUCCUUCAAUUGCUGUUUCUGGAUUAAAUACAAAUGGGAUAAGGAAAGUGAAACGAACCGUGACAAAUGUCGGGGAAGUAGAUUCGACCUACAAGGCCACCGUGGAUGCUCCUCCUGGUGUGCAGGUUCAAGUGGUGCCGAGCACGCUUCAAUUCACAAAGAAUGUUAAAAAACUAACCUUUCGAGUCAUAUUUAAAAAUGUUGAUGCUUACUCUGGACCAUUGUUUGGUUCAAUUGUGUGGUCUAAUACAAAAUACAGAGUCCGAAGUCCUUUUGUUGCAAACAUUGAUUAAGGAGAAAAAAGCUUACGUGUAUAUCGAAUAUCAGCUUCCAACUCGAGAUGUUUAUGGCAUGAAAAUAAAAUGACUAGCUAUUAUCUUUACAUGAAUAAAAUAUUAAUUACUUUC